ACCAUGGCGAUCCGGCCACUGGUGGCCAUGCUGAGGGACAAGGCGUCCAGCUACCUGCUCGACCAGUAUAAUGUGAUGGAGGGAAUGGAGAAGCAGCACAGAAUUCUCAAACGCAGGCUUCCUAUCAUCCUCGAUGUCAUCACCGACGCCGAGGAGCAGGCCAUGGCAAACAGAGAAGGGGCGAAAGCAUGGCUCCAGGAGCUCAAGACUGUGGCCUAUGAAGCAAAUGAAGUCUUUAACGAGUUCAAGUAUGAAGCACACCGCCGUGCAGCAAAGAAGAAUGGACACUACAGAAAGCUCGGCUUUGAUGUGAUAAAACUCUUCCCUACUCACAACCGUGUUGUGUUCCGUCAGAGAAUGGGCAGCAAGCUUUGCAGGAUUCUGGAGGAUAUCAAUGUCCUCAUUGCAGAGAUGCAUGACUUUGGGUUGAGGCAGACGUGGUCGGUGUCUAAUCAGUUGGGCCAGACACCAGUGUCCAAGGAGUGGAGGCAGACGGAUUAUGUCAUCAUUGACCCACAAGAAAUUGCCAGCAGAUCCAGACACGAAGAUAAGAGCAAUAUCAGUGACAUACUUCUUGGUGAAGCGAGCAAUGCAGAUCUUGUAGUAGUUCCCAUUGUUGGAAUGGGGGGCCUUGGCAAGACCACAUUAGCGCAACUAAUAUAUAAUGAACCUGAAAUUCAGAAGCAUUUCCAGUUGCUGCUUUGGGUAUGUGUCUCUGAUAAUUUUGAUGUGAACUCCCUGGCUAAGAGUAUAGUUGAAGCAUCUCCCAAGAAGAAUGAUGAUACACAUAAACCACCAUUGGAUAGACUUCAAAACCUGGUCAGUGGGCAGAGGUAUCUCCUUGUACUGGAUGAUGUCUGGAACAGAGAGGUCCACAAGUGGGAAAGGCUAAAGGCUUGUCUUCAUCACGGUGGCAGUGGUAGUGCAGUGUUGACAACAACCCGUGAUAAACAAGUUGCUGAAAUUAUGGGUGCAGAUAGAACCUACAAUCUCAAUGUUUUGAAGGAUAACUUCAUAAAGGAAAUUAUUGUGGAUAGAGCAUUCAGUUCAGAGAAUGAAAAGCCUCCCGAGCUACUCAAGAUGGUUGGUGAGAUUGUGAAGAGAUGUUGUGGCUCUCCUUUAGCUGCAACUGCACUGGGCUCUGUACUUCGUACCAAGACCAGCGUGGAAGAAUGGGCGGCCGUAUCAUCUAGAAGCAGUAUUUGCACUGAGGAAACAGGAAUUUUGCCAAUACUCAAGCUUAGCUACAAUGAUUUGCCAGCAGAAAUGAAGCAGUGCUUUGCUUUCUGUGCCAUAUUUCCCAAAGAUUACAAGAUUAGUGUGGAGAAGCUUAUCCAACUAUGGAUUGCAAAUGGCUUUAUCCCAGAACAGGAGGAAGCUAGUCUUGAAACCAUUGGAAAACAUAUUUUCUGUGAGCUAGCAUCAAGGUCAUUCUUUUUGGACAUAGAGGAAUUUAAGGAUGGCAUGCAAAAUAAACAGUAUUGUUUUAGAACUACAUGCAAAAUUCAUGAUCUUAUGCAUGAUAUUGCAAUGUCUGUUAUGGGAAAGGAAUGUGUCAUUGCAGUUAAGGAACCAAGUCAAAUUGAGUGGCUUUCGGAUACUGCUCGGCAUUUGUUCCUUUCAUGUGAAGAAACAGAAGGUAUUUUGAAUAAUGCUUUGGAGGAAAAAAAACCUGCCAUUCAAACACUGAUAUGCGAUAGUCCUAUUCGAAGCUCAUUGCAACAUCUAUUAAAAUACAACAAUUUGCAUGCCUUGAAGCUCUGUUUGAGAACAGAAUCAUUUCUACUCGCAAAGUAUCUGCAUCACCUGAGGUACCUUGAUCUCUCAUACAGUGAUAUAGAAGCACUUCCUGAAGAUAUAAGUAUUCUAUAUAACCUUCAAGUGUUGGACCUUUCCUACUGUUUUGAUCUUGAUCGACUUCCAAAGCAAAUGAAGUAUAUGACUUCCCUCCGCCACCUCUACACUCAUGGAUGUCCGGAGUUGAAGAGCAUGCCCCCAGGACUUGAAAAUCUCACUAAGCUGCAGACACUCACAGUUUUUGUAGCAGGAGUUCCUGGCCCUGAUUGCAGUGAUGUUGUAGAGCUGCAGCAUUUAAACCUUGGUGGUCAUCUAGAGCUACGCCAGGUAGAGAAUGUUAAAGAAGCAGAGGCAAAAGUGGCGAAUCUUGGAAACAAGAAGUAUCUCAGUGAACUGACAUUAAGAUGGACUGAGGUUGGCGACAGCAAGGUGCUCGACAAGUUCGAACCUCAUGGUGGGCUGCAGGUUCUGAAGAUAUAUUCCUAUGGAGGAGAGUGCAUGGGUAUGUUGCAAAACAUGGUUGAGAUCCAUCUUUUUCAUUGUGAAAGAUUGCGAUUUUUGUUCAGAUGCAGUACACUCUUCACUUUUUCAAAACUGAAGGUGCUUAUGCUAGAACAUUUGUUGGAUUUUGAGAGAUGGUGGGAAAUAGAUGAGAGGCAAGAAGAACAGACAAUAUUUCCUGUGCUUGAGAAGUUGUUUAUUAGUCAUUGUGGAAAGUUGGUAGCAUUGCCUGAAGCACCAUUGCUGCAAGGACCUUGUGGUGAAGGUGGUUAUACAUUGGUACGCUCAACAUUUCCUGCCCUAAAGGUGCUCAAACUGAAAGACUUGGAGAGCUUUCAGAGAUGGGAUGCAGUCGAAGAGACUCAAGGAGAACAGAUAUUGUUUCCUUGGCUUGAGAAACUAUUUGUAAAGGACUGCCCACAGCUGAUAGAUUUACCUGAAGCACCAUUGCUUCAAGAACCAUGUAGUGAAGGUGGUUAUAGAUUGGUACGGUCAGCAUUUCCUGCCCUAAAGGUACUCAAAAUGAAAUGCUUGGGGAGCUUUCAGAGAUGGGAUGCAGUCGAAGGGCCAUUGUUUCCUCAGCUUGAGAAACUAUCAGUUGAGAAUUGCCCAAAGAUAAAAGAUUUACCUGAAGCACCAAAUCUCAGUGUAUUAAAAAUUGUAGAUGGCAAACAAGAGAUCUUCCACUGUGUAGACAAGUAUUUGUCUUCAUUGACCAAUCUGACACUGAUGCUAGAAUACACUUCAAUUCUACCUGUGGACAGCAAAGAGAAAUGGAACCAUAAAUCCCCUCUUACAGUUGUGAAGAUAGGAUGCUGCAACUCAUUCUUUGGACCAGGUGCACUAGAGCCGUGGGAGUAUUUUGUACACCUCAAGAAGUUGGAAAUUUAUAGGUGCGACGUGCUCGUCCACUGGCCAGAGAAAGUGCUCCAAAGCUUGGUAUCCUUAAGGACAUUAGUGAUUAGAAACUGCGAAAAUCUGACUGGAUAUGCACAAGUUCCUCUUGAGCCAUUGACAUCCGAAAGGUGUGAACACCUGAGAGGUCUGGAGUCUCUUUGCUUAAGAAACUGCCCAAGUUUAGUAGAGAUGUUCAACGUCCCGACAUCUCUGAAGAAAAUGGAUAUUAGAUGGUGCAUUAAGCUUGAGUCCAUAUUCAGCAAGCAGCAGGGCAUGUCAGAUUUAGUCCAAGGAUCUUCUAGCAGUGAGGCAGUCAUGCGUGCAGCUGUAUCAGAGUUGUCCUCUUCACCCGUGAAUCACUUUUUUCCAUGCCUCGAAGAUUUAUAUUUAUUUGCAUGUGGAAGCUUACCAGCGGUUCUAAAUCUCCCUCUGUCCUUAAAGGCCUUAGAAAUUGAUGGUUGCAACAGUAUUCAAGUCCUAUCAUGCCAGUCGGGUGGGCUCCAGAAACCAGAAGUCACUACCUCCAUAAGCAGAAGUCCUAUCAUGCCAGAGCCAGCAGCAACAACAACUACAAUAGAGCAUUUAUUUCCUCCCCAUCUCGAAUCUCUAGUAAUACGGGAUUGUGCUAGCAUGUUGGGUGGGACUCUCUGCCUGCCUGCACCCCUCAAGAGACUGGGUAUUAUUGGCAACAGUGGGUUGACAUCGCUGGAGUGUCUGUCGGUUGAGCACCCCCCAUCGCUGGAAGAACUUGAACUUAAAAGCUGCUGUACCCUGGCAUUCCUGCCGAAUGAGCCGCAAGUAUACAGGUCUCUCUUGUUUCUUAUAAUUAGAGGCUGCCCUGCUAUAAAGAAGCUCCCUAGAUGCCUGUGGCGGCAACUGGGCAGCAUCAAAGGCAAAUAUCUAGAUGCCCUAACGGAAUUCAAACCACUGAAACCGAAGACAUGGAAGGAAAUACCGAGGCUAGUCCGUGAGCGGAGGCAGGCCAGCCGGAGUUGAAGGCCAUUCAGCUUUUAUUCCAUGGAAAAUCUCGAGAGGUCAGGAAGUUCAUGCAAUUCACAAUAGGAGAACAACAUUGAAUCCUGUUAAAUAGAGGAGGAGAAGAGGCGGAAACCAAAUGAAGAGGGCAUAAUAUGCAUUCUGUUUGCAUCAAAUAAUGUACCACUGGGUUAGUUAUGCCAUUAUUGUAGUCAAUCAGGCUUUGCUGAACUUUGACCUGUAUCUUGUUCGCAUACUUGUAAUGUGAAUGGGUUUAUACCCCUGAACAUCUCCCAGGUUAUACACGGUUGUGAGCAUGAAUUCUCAUACU